CACAGCUGGGGGCUGGGCGCGGCGUGCUGCCCUCAAAACCCGGCCAGAGCAGGAGCCGGAGCCACGCGGCCCGGAGCUCCCGGGUAGCAGUAGCUGAUGUGCAAUUUGGCCCCAUGAAAUUCCAUCCGGAUCAACUCCAGGUACUUUUAGUGUUUACCAAAGAAGAUAACCAGUGUAACGGAUUCUGUAGGGCAUGCGAAAAGGCAGGGUUUAAGUGUACAGUUACUAAGGAGGCUCAGGCUGUCCUUGCCUGUUUCCUGGCCAAACAUCAUGACAUCAUCAUCAUCGACCACAGAAACCCCCGACAGCUGGAUGCAGAGGCGCUGUGCAGGUCUAUUCGAUCAUCAAAAUUUUCAGAAAACACAGUUAUUAUUGGUGUAGUACGCAGGCCAGAUAGAGAAGAGUCAUCUGUAAUGCCCCUCAUUGCUGCUGGCUUCACAAGAAGGUAUGUGGAGAACCCCAGCCUCAUGGCCUGUUACAACGAGCUGCUCCAGCUGGAGUUUGGAGAGGUGCGAUCGCAGCUGAAACUCAGGACUUGUAACUCAAUAUUCGCUGCGUUAGAGAAAAGCCAAGAAGCAGUUGAAAUCACAAGCGAAGACCACGUGAUACAGUAUGCAAAUCCUGCAUUUGAAACAACAAUGGGCUAUGAGUCAGGUGAAUUAAUAGGGAAGAAGUUAGCCGAAGUGCCUAUAAAUGAAAAAAAGGCCGAUUUGCUCGAUACUAUAAAUUCAUACAUCAGGAUGGGCAAGGAGUGGCAAGGAAUUUGCUAUGCCAAAAACGGAGAUAAUGUACAACAAAAUGUGAAGAUAAUACCUGUCAUUGGACAGGGAGGAAGAAUUAGACACUAUGUGUCCAUUAUCAGAGUGUGCAGUGGCAACAACAAGGCCGAGAAAAUAGCCGAAUGUGUUCAGUCUGACAGACUCACAGAUAAUCAGUCAGGCAAACAUAAAGACAAGAGAAAAAGCUCACUAGACGUCAAAGCUGUUGGCCAUCGCGCGAGCGAAGUGGCCAGCCAGAGACGACACUCCUCCAUGGCCCGGAUACACUCCAUGACCAUCGAGGCGCCCAUCACCAAGGUAAUCAACAUCAUCAAUGCUGCCCAGGAAAACAGUCCCAUGCCUGUGACAGAAGCCUUAGACCGUGUGCUGGAAAUUCUCAGAACCACUGAGUUAUACUCACCGCAGUUCGGUGCUAAGGACGAUGACCCUCACGCCAGUGACCUCGUCGGGGGCCUAAUGUCCGAUGGUUUACGAAGACUAUCUGGGAAUGAAUAUGCUCUUUCAACAAAAAACUUUCAGCAGAUUGCGAGCAAUAUAGUCACUCCCAUCUCCCUUCACGACAUCCCACCGCGGAUAGCUCAGGCCAUAGAAAACGAGCACUACUGGGACUUUGAUAUUUUUGAACUGGAGGCCGCCACUCAGAAAAGGCCUUUAAUUUAUCUUGGUCUCAAAAUCUUUGCUCGCUUUGGAAUCUGUGAACUCUUAAACUGCUCCGAGGCAACACUGAGAACGUGGUUCCAGCUCAUCGAAGCCAAUUACCAUUCCUCUAACCCGUACCACAACUCCACGCAUUCUGCCGACGUGCUUCACGCCACCGCCUACUUCCUCUGCAGAGAGAGGAUAAAGCAAACUCUAGAUCCCGUCGAUGAGGCCGCUGCCCUCAUUGCAGCCACCAUUCAUGACGUGGACCACCCCGGGAGAACCAACUCCUUCCUGUGUAACGCUGGAAGCGAGCUGGCCAUUCUGUACAAUGACACUGCUGUGCUGGAGAGCCACCAUGCGGCCCUGGCCUUCCAGCUGACCAUCAGAGAUGACAAAUGCAAUAUCUUCAAGAACAUGGAGAGGAAUGACUACCGGACGCUGCGCCAGGCUAUCAUUGACAUGGUCUUGGCCACAGAGAUGACAAAGCAUUUCGAGCACGUCAACAAGUUUGUCAACAGCGUCAACAAGCCCUUGGCAGCACUGGAAGUAAAAGAGGAAACAGAUGAAGAGCAAGCAGCCAUAAACACCGUGCUCAGGACGCCGGAGAACCGGACCCUGAUCAAGCGCAUGCUGAUCAAGUGCGCGGACGUGUCCAACCCCUGCCGACCGCUGGAGCAGAGCAUCGAGUGGGCCGCCCGCAUCUCGGAGGAGUACUUCUCCCAGACCGAUGAAGAGAAGCGGCAGGACUUACCUGUGGUGAUGCCUGUGUUUGACAGAAACACCUGCAGCAUUCCCAAGUCUCAGAUCUCGUUCAUUGACUACUUCAUCACAGGCAUGUUCGAUGCUUGGGACGCCUUCGUGGACCUGCCGGAGUUGCUGCAGCAUCUCGACAACAACUUCAAAUACUGGAAAGGACUGGACGAGAGGAAGCUGAGGAGCCUCCGACCACCGAUGGAAUCCCAGUGAGCUACAGGAGAUCGGAUUCCUCCUGUAUCACCCAGACCGCUACAGCUGCUCUCAGCACCUGAUGGGCUUUGCGGAGUCGCCUGCAGAGGGAAAGGAAUUUCCACUGAACACUUUUUUCCUAAAAAUUUAAAUGAAUUUUCCAGAUGUCUGCCUUACUUUGUACAGUGUUUCUACCAAAUAUUCCCACAGACACAAAGAGCAAAAUGAACUAUUUACUAAAUUGACAUUUUAAACCUAUCAGUUCUCAUCUUCAUCUUUGA